GCUUACAGCGAGCAACAGAAUUUUAAGAAGCGCAAAAGUGGAAACGCGAAGCUAGGUCGCGAGUCUGUGAAAGAUGGCUAAUUUUGUCGAGAGAGUUGUGCGCGUUUUUCUUUUUUGUGCUUCAGCUCAGUUGUGUUCCCUGGCAUUGGCGCAGUCAUGUCCAUCUCGAUGCAGCUGUCCGCAAGAACCACCGAUGUGUACACCUGGUGUGCAGCUCGUGUUGGAUGACUGCGCGUGCUGUCUCGUGUGCGCUCGACAGAAUGGGGAGGUUUGCUCAGAUAUGAACCCGUGUGAUAUUCGGAAGGGUCUACACUGCGAUUAUGCGGCUGAUGUUAACAAGAGGACAGGUGUCUGUAUGGCUCGUGAGGGAGACAUCUGCCUGUUCGACGGCGCCGUCUACCAGAACGGCGAGACUUUUUAUCCCAGCUGCAAGUAUCAGUGCACGUGCCGAGAUGGCCAGAUCGGUUGUAUACCGCGCUGCAACCUCGAUGUCAUGCUGCCGGGACCCGAUUGCCCUUUCCCACGAAAGGUGCAGGUGCCGGGGGAGUGCUGCGAGAAGUGGGUGUGUGACACCGAGGCGGAAGUUAGCCCCCUGGGUGGCCUCGCCAUGGCCGCAUAUAGACAGGAGGAGACCGUAGGAUUUAACACCUGGGACUCCAGCCUGAACUGUAUUGAGCAGACGACCGAGUGGGGGGCAUGCUCGCGUUCCUGCGGGAUGGGCACGUCCACACGAGUCACUAACAGGAACGCGCGCUGCGAGCUGGUCAAACAGAGCAGACUGUGCAUCGUCAGGCCAUGCGAAAAACAGCAGCCUCGACGGACACCAAAGAAAGUUAGCAAGUGCCUGAGAACAAGGAAGAGCCGGAAGCCUAUCCACUUCACCUUCAAGAACUGCACCAGUGUCCAGACCUACAAGCCACGGUACUGCGGCACAUGCAACGCCGGACGCUGCUGCACCCCCCACAGCACCAAGACCGUGCAGGUGGAGUUCCGGUGCGCCCAGGGCAAGGCGAUCAAGAAGCCCAUGAUGUUCAUCAACUCCUGUGCUUGCCACCACCACUGCCCACGCGACAACGCCGUCUUCCACCUGAGAGACCUGGUGUAUAGUGGACUGACGAUGUAACCUUUGGCUCUCUGCUGCCCCCUAUCAAAUCAGAUGCUAACUGCACUUGUGUGCUAGGGGUGACUCCAGGGGGGCAAAGUGCUGCAGGAAAUUCGCAAAUGGGUUGAUGGGAGGUGGAGUCUUGAGCUUGCCUUGGACAUGCUUCAAAAUCUCAAACACCAGACCCAUUAUGUUCUCUGAAUUUUAGCAAAUGGGUUUGAAGCCUGGAGCAAGUUGGUAUGUUGCAGAAAUAUCACACUACAGACCACACAUUACAUUACAUUACAGGCAUUUAGCAGACGCUCUUAUCCAGAGCGACUUACACAAAUUUUUACAAAGCAUUUACAUUGCAUCCAUUUAUACAGCUGGAUAUAUACUGAAGCUAUUCAGGUUAAGUGCCUUGCUCAAAGGUACAACGGCAGUGUCCUAUCCAGGAAUCGUACCUGUGACCUUUUGGUUACAAGCCUAGUCCCUUACCCACUGUGCUACACUGCCGCCCCACCACCCAUUACGCUGUCCUGUGACACUCAGCUUCCUUCAUGCACCCCAAUUGCAUGUGAUAACAUGCAAGUUUUUGGCAUUUGAUAUUGCUACAGAUUGAAUAGUUUUCUUGAUAUUUUUGUUAAAACAAAGGAAAUGGAAUUUCAUUUUCUGCCUCAUUAAAUAUAUUGGCAUCUUUGCCAAGGGGCUGCUAUAAGCUGGUUGACCCCUGAAGGUCUAGGGUUGGACAACCCUGAUCUCUGCUUUUUAAAAUGAGAUAUAGGCCUUAUUCUUAAAAUGGGGGCAUGUCUUACUGAAUCCUGACCAAUGUUCCAUUGAGUGGACCUCUGGAGUCCAAAAUGUUGACUUGACGGCACUGAGUCUUCCCAAGACUGUCACUUUUCCCCUGGCUAUGCAAAAGGUAAAUCAUGCAACCUAAGAUAAGAUUUGAUUCCUUCAUAGGGACCCGUGUCAAAAGCAGGCCAACUACGCUGGACAUCUAAACUAGUGGAACUAUUUUAGUACACUAAAAUACCUUUUAUUCUAAAGACUUAUGCUGAAUAUGCUGGGGAAAACACAUGUAAAUACAUUGUAUAUUUUGUCCCUGUGUUUAUCUAAUGCAUAUUUUUUUGUAUUGUAAGCUUAUGUAUAUAUGAGUUGUAUAUAUAUUGUUUUAAUUACAUCUGUCAUACUCAGCUUUUCCAGCAAUGAUUAAUGAUGUUGUGCUACUUAAAUAUGCAUUAAUGCAUUGGUAUUAAAUUUGUAUUUUUUUCUAUAUAA